GGCAGUUGCCUUCAUGACACGCCUUUUGUUGUCUCGCCUAGCCUAGCCCUUUUGAUGCUACUGUAGCGAGCAUCCCCCGCAUCAAACUGCCACAGCUGUCAAGUCUACAACACAGCUAACGUCAGCCUCGGCUCGAGAAGUGACGCUCUGCACUCUACCAGGAUGAGUGGCGAUGGUGAUGGUUUCAACCCUGCUGCAGUGGCUCAGCCAGUAGAGGAUGUGCAAGGCGAUGGGCGGUGGAUGUCACAGCACACCCGAUUUGUGCAGGAGUGCAAGGAUGGAGAACCAGAUGUGCUUUUUGUCGGGGACUCAAUGGUACAACUAAUGCAGCAGUAUGAGGUCUGGAGGGAGUUGUUCUCACCACUUCAUGCACUCAACUUCGGCAUCGGAGGCGACACCACUUGCAACGUUCUGUGGCGGCUCCAGAACGGAGAGCUGGAGAACAUUCGGCCCAAGAUUGUGGUGGUGUGGGUCGGAACCAAUAAUCACGAACAUACGGCGGAACAAGUUGCUGGAGGAAUUCUUUCAAUCGCAAAGCUGCUCACCUCCCGUCUGCCCAAAGCAAAAGUAGUUGUGCUGGGAUUAUUACCACGGGGGGAGCGUCCAAACCCCCUGAGGGAGAAGAACGCCGCCGUCAAUGACUUUCUGCGAGCUUGGCUACCUCGCCUGGGCCAGGCUCAGCUCCUUGACGUGAGCAAGGAGUUCGUCCACUCCGACGGCACCAUCGCUCCGCAGGACAUGUUUGACUUCCUCCACUUGACGUCGACGGGUUACCGCACCAUGGCCAAGCCCCUCAGCGACUUGCUGCUUCAGAUACUCGAAGAGACGCCGGAAGAGCGAAGGGCGUCGCUGGUGUGAGCCGCCGGGUCACGGCGGCACCCGAGUCAGGAGAAGGAAUGGCACCCCGAGAUGGGCGUGUCUCGGUGUUGAUGAGUGGCGUGGGUGCUGUAGAGGGAGAGAGACAUCACUACACUCUUGAAACGACUUACUGCCUGUGAGACCUUUUGCGAGCGCAGUGUCUAAUCAAAAGUAUUUCUCUUGAUUUCUGAGCUCUAGUACACACUGACUUCAUUCCCCCCCCCCCAGUUAUGUUGUCAAAGUAAAAUGGCGGCAGCAACUCGGGCAACAUGCGAUGUAACUCGUGCAAGCCUGCUCAAAAGAAAAAAAAAGACUUCUUUGGCAAACAGCACCAAUUUAGUUUCUUCCUUCUCAUGCACGCUGUUAUGGAUCCUGACAUGGAUGGACAAUGACGCUCUCUCCCUUCAGUGCCCUAAAUUGAUGCUUCUACAGUAUUUUCUUUCUUAUACACCUUUUCAUUCUGUUACUUUUUUCUUUUUUGUAAUUUUACACCCCCCCUCCCCUGUUGUAUUUCAUUUUUCUCAGUGACCUCUCACACAACCUUGUCCCCUUUUUUGACUUCUGUACUUCAUGACUUUAAGGAAUAAAAAGUUGCAGAAGCUACUGAAUAAUCAUCACGCUACCAAGCAACCACAAAAAAAAAAAAAAACGUUGGCGAGCUCGUGCUAACGCUUCUUUAUAGCUCGAUCGAUCAGUCACAUACGGAGCUUCAAAUUAUCUAAAGUUACUGCUGUCUUCAGCUCUGCACAAUGCGUGUUGUGUUGAAGCGUGUAUGAUUGUCUGUGUGCGCGCCUCCAAUGUUUACGGGAUCGGUUGUGUACAGUGCGUCUGGAAGUUGGUGUGAGUGUUUAGAACCGACCCCGGCUGUAAAUAAGAGAUGUUGAAAGGUGGGGGGUUAGAUUGUGGGGGUCUAUCUGUGCGAUCCAUUAUGUGCACUUGUUUAGCUUGUUGUCUCGUUAUUGAGUUAAAAGCAUUCCAAUAAAUGAAUCAUGGAUGGAAUUUA